CUCCGCACCAUCACGCCGCCUGACCCCGGGCACGCCAUGUCGAUCCCUUCCUCACCCCGGCGCAUGCGCCUCGACGACGACGACAUCUUCGGCACCGGCGACGACAGCGCUGCCGCCGAGCUCGGCCUGCUGCCCUCGCCGCCGCUCUCGCAGUCGCCGAGCAAGGCCGCUGUGGUCCUGGCUGCCAGCAGCGCCUCAGCCUCGCUCCUCCCGAGCGGCGCAUCGCCGCGUUUAAGCGCCACGCCCGCUCUGGGUGCUCGCGACAUCAACGCCAUCGAUGCGCUCAACGCCUUUGGCCGCUCGCCGACGCCGCCGCGAGCUCCGGCGCCCGCCGAUGACGAGGAGGCGGCCAUGCUCGCAGAGGCCGAGGCGAUGGACGAGGAGCCUGCGCCAGCUCCGAGGCCCUCUGAACGCCGGCUGGACCUGCACGAAGUCGGCAUGGAGGAGGAGGACGAUGGCUACGACUUUGACCCUGACGCCGACUUGGCUCUGGCCGAGGCUGAGGAGGAGCAGCCGCCGUCAGACGUCGAGGAGGAGUACGUGGAGCAGGGCGUGACGCGUCCUGAGCUCGUCUACCACAUCGACGAUGACGUGCAGGUGGUGCGUGCUAGUGCCAGAACGGCCAGCGCUGCAGCAGGGCCGUCAAGCGCCCGCCUCGAUGCGCACGACGACAGACCCGCGCAAGCCUCGGUCGCGAAGGCAGUGCCGGUUCCACGAAGUGCUCCUGUGGCUGUGGCCCAGCCCGUGCGCGCCAGAGAUCCACUGCUGGGCAUUGGAGGCAUCCCUAAGUACAUCCCGGCGGGCACGUGGGGCGCGACGACGAUGGAUGGCAACACGGUGCGGUUCGAGCGCCGAAAGCGCAUGCGAGGCUGGCACGCUGCUCCGCCGCACUACGGCCUCGGCACCACUGGGCUCCUGGCAAAGCCCGCCUAUCAGGUCAUGCAAGCAGCCGAGGCGCUCGCAGCUACGGCAGUCGCGGACAAUGCCGACCGUGCCGAGUCGCGCAAGGCACGAGCCGUCACGGACGUGAAGCUCUCGGCCGCCGCGCAGAAGCAGAAGAUGGGCGUCUGGGUCGAGCGCUACCGCCCGACGCGCUUUACCGAGCUGCUCGGCGAGGACCGCGUGCACCGCGACGUGCUCUCGUGGCUCAAGAGCUGGGACCCGUGCGUCUUCAAACGCAAGGCACGCAAGCGGCCGCGCGACGAGCCUGCUGCCCAGGCCGCCGCGGGCCCGAGCCGCUUUGGCGACGACUCUGGUCCGAUGCCCUACUACGAUGCGUGGGAUCGACCAGAGCAGCGCGUGCUUCUUCUCUCCGGCCCGCCCGGCCUCGGCAAGACCACCCUUGCCCACGUCGUAGCGGCAACAUGUGGGUACGCAGUGCACGAGCUCAACGCGUCCGAUGCGCGCACAGCCGGCGCUGUGGAGGAUCGCGUGCGCGUCGCGCUGGAGAGCACCGCCAUUGGCGAGGUGCGGCCAACGUGCGUGGUCAUCGAUGAGAUUGACGGUGCGACGGGCGGCACUGCCGAGGGCCAGGGCUUCAUCAAGAGUCUUGUGCGCCUCAUCGAGAUGGGCAAGGGUAACUCGGGCGGCAAGGGCAAGGGCGGCCGCAAGAAGAAGAAGAACCGUGCCCUGCUGCGGCCGAUCAUUUGCAUCUGCAACGACCUCUACGCGCCUGCGCUGCGCCCUCUGCGCGCCAUCGCCCGCUUGGUGCGCCUGCCCAAGCCGACGACCAACCACCUCGUGCCGCGUCUUCGCGCCAUCUGCGAGAAGGAGUCGCUGGCGACGGACACGCGCAGCCUCACGCUGCUCGCCGAGCUGACAUCUUGCGACGUGCGCUCCUGCCUCAAUGCUCUGCAGAUGGCACGCGCUCGGGGCCCGACUCUGGUGCCGUCGAUGGUGCGUGACCGCGACGGCAACGGCUUGGGCAUCAAGGACGGGAGCACCAACACGCAGCGCGUCUUUGAGCUCCUCUUCCGCACGCCUUCGCCGAAGGAGCGCGCACGAGGCUCUGCGCCGCGCGACGGCCACGAGAUGAUGGCGCGCAUCACGCACGAGGUGGUGUCCAGCGGCGAGCACGAGCGGCUGCUGCACGGCUGCUUCGAGCACUAUCCGCUGCUGCGGCCGCAGGACGACGGCUGGUGGCGCUACAGCAAGAUGCACGACUGGAUCGUCUGGGGCGAGCAGCUCAGCGACAAGGGCUGGGAGCUCGGCACGACGGAGCUCAUGCAGUACUCGGCGUGGAGCUUCGUGCCGUGGCACUUCCUGUUCGCCAACACCGUCAACGAGAUGCCAGCAUACCCGCGUGCGGACUACGAGGCGAAGCUGAAGCGCACUGCUUUCGAAGAGGUUGCGGCUGAGCUGCACACUGCGAUUCCGACAGGCCUGCGCGUCCUGUUCAGCAAGGAGUCCAUCGUCACUGAGCUGGGCCCCAGUCUGAUGCGCAUGCUCAGCCCGGACCUGCGACCAGUCAACUCGCAAGUGACGCGUCCCGACGAGCGCAUCACGCUCGCUGCCGUCGUGCAGAUCAUGCUGGGCCUCAACCUCAACUUCGUGCAAGACCGCGCCGAAGAGGGCCAGCUCAUCUACCGUCUUGAGCCGGCGCUCGAUGCCUUUGUGCAGUACGAGGGCAAGCGCUCGACUACUGUCGGACCGGCGCGCUUUGCCGUGCGCCAGAUGAUCGCGCGCGAGAUGGAGUCGGCCAAGCUGCGCAUGAAGGUCGUUGGUGCAGACGCGGUCGACGAGCACGGCAACCCGCUCGAGUACAAGGAGCUGGCCGCGCGGGCAGCAGCGGGCGCCAUUGCCGCGUACACGCGCUCCGGUCCCCAGCCUGCCGCUGCGGUACCGCAGAAGGCUGCGCUCGACUUCUUCGGCCGGGUCGUGGUGCCGAAGCUGCCGAAGGAGAAGCUCAAGAGCGUCGAGGGCGAUGCCGAGGCCAUCCGGGCUGCCGAGAUCGAGGCGGAGAAGGAGAAGGCGGAGGCUGCGCGCCUGGCACCGCCGCUUCCCAGUCUGCUGAUGGAACGGCGAGCCGCCAAGCUGGCCGCGAGUGCUGCGAGCAACCCGCACAUCAAGAGGCAGAAGGUGGCCUCGUAGGCUCAUAAAUGGCAAUGAGAUGCUUAGCCG